UUCAACUUGGAAGAGGUACUUACAUCAGUACCUAUGUAAUUAUAAUUAUUGGUUUACUAAAAAUAAAAUACAUUUUGUUUUUAUUAAUCGUAAUUAUUCAAAAUAUAGAAAUAAUAAAAUGAAUAACAACGAUUUUUUAACGGGAUCAAGGAAGUGACUGUGUGUUUAAUGAGUGUUUACGAAUUGUUUUGGUGCCAUUCACCUAUAUUGAUUUAUCAUGCCAGUGACCUGUUUUUCGUGUUUGUAAUGUGUAAUACAUAAAUAUUUAAUGAAACCAUUAGACGGCUGCAUACAGAUGUUUUGGGAUGAACCUGAUAUGAAAACUGUGAUACGGAAUUGUUAAUUACGAUGGGAGAGCUAGCUUUUAAACCAAUAAAAUAUCUGAUAGAGCUUAGCUGAAAACUUGUAAUAAUAUUUAUAAUUCGUUAUGGUGUGCAUUUUUCACAAUGAUGACGCCAAUUGAGGAGAAGAAAGAUGAAAAGAUCCGCACAGGCAUGGUGCAAGUGUCGGACGGCAAGUCGCGGCCGCGGCCGGCGCGGCUCGUGCUCACCAUGGACGCGGUGACCGUGCAGCGCGAGGUGCCCGUGCCCGCGCACCCGCCGCGCGACAAGAACGUGCCGCACGCCAGGGAGCGGAUGGUGCAAGUCACUCGUCAGAAGGUGGGAGGCUUGGGUUUGAGCAUAAAGGGUGGCGCGGAACACAAGCUGCCCAUACUUAUAUCCAAGAUAUACAAGGACCAAGCGGCUGACCAGACCGGCCAGCUGUUUGUAGGAGAUGCCGUUAUCAAAGUAAACGGCGAGUAUAUAACGGCAUGCAAGCACGACGACGCGGUGAACAUACUGAGGAACGCGGGCGACAUCGUCGUUCUCACAGUGAAGCACUACCGGGCCGCCACGCCCUUCCUACAAAAACAGGCGGACGGUGCGUCGGACACGGACAGCAGUACGGGCGACGAUCACCCCUCACUGCACGGCAAGAAUGUCGACGCUAAUUGCAACUCGGAGAAGAUCGCCGAGAACGGCGGCUGGCAGAGUGCGUGGGGCUCUGCGGAGGAGUGCAGCCGGCCCGGGUCGGCCGCCUCGAGGCCGCCGUCCGUCGCCUCCGUGUCCGAGCGGCACAACGCCAACACCACCACCACCACCACCACCGGCGCCACGACUGAGUGGGUCGACAUCGUCUCCGUGCCUCUCAUGAUGGGCUACGUGACAAGAUACGUGCUGGGAACAGACAAACUUAGACCCGGCGCCUUUGAGGUGCGCGGCGCGCGCGGCGGCAGCUCGGGCGUGCUGCACGCGGACGACCCCGCCGCGCUCUCGCACUGGCUCAAGGCCAUCUCCGACAACGUCGUCGGCCUCACCAACCUGCAGAUGAAGCUGUUCAACCGCCACCUGGCGGCGGGCGAGCGCAUCGAGUACAUGGGGUGGGUGGUGGAGGGCGAGGUGUCGGCGGCGCAGCCCUGGCAGACCUACCGGCCCAAGUUCCUCGUGCUCAAGGGCACUGACGUCAUGCUCUUCGACGUACCGCCGAUGAACAUAGCGGAGCUGGCCAAGUGCCCGGAGACGCUGAAGGUGUACCAGACGAUGUUCCGCACGGUGAAGGAGAGCGAGACGGUGGACUGGCGGCAGCACUGCUUCCUGGUGCAGGCGAGCGCGGGCGCCGGGCCGGGCGCGGCGGGCCCGCGCUACUUCUCGGCCGAGACGCGCCGCGACCUGCUGCGCGUCGAGCAGGCCUGGACCGCCAACAUCGUCAACUCCGUCGUGCGGCUCGGGAAGAAGACGUUCACGGUGGUGCACCUGGGCCGCGCGGCGGGGCUGACGCUGGACUGGGCGGCCGGCUUCUCGCUCAGCGAGGGCACGCCCGGCGCGCCGCCCGUCUGGGCGUACAGAUUUUCACAAUUAAGAGGCUCAAGCGAUGACGGGAAGUCGAAAUUGAAGUUGCACUUUCAGGACUCCGAAACCAAAGUUAUUGAGACUAAGGAGUUAGAGUGCCAGAUCCUGCAGAGUCUGCUGUUCUGCAUGCACGCAUUCCUCACGGCGAAGGUGGCGUCCGUCGACCCCGCCUUCCUCGCAUCCAUACAGCAGUCCAACUAAGUAGCAAUACAUAUUUGUAUAGCAGAGAAUAAAUGUAAACGGACAAAUGCUUGAACGAUUCGAUAUUAGAUAGACAAUUGCUUUCACAUUUGACGUGUGGUGUGUUUGCUGGAAGUUAGCUCGUGAAAUGAAAAAGUGGGCCAACUUUACGACGCGACAAUACCCUUUCUAAUUUUAAUAACGACGCUUCUCGAACAAUCAACGAAUAUUUGACAUUUGUACGUCAGAUGUGUAUAAAAAAAAAAAUGUUUGUAGCAUUUAUAAGUAAGCGGAUGGGAGUUUUGUCUAAAGAAAAGUUUGUAUUGUAGAAAAAUAAAAAAAAAACAGGAAUAUCGCCUUUUAAUUAAAUCGAAACGUUAGUUCGUUUUAAAUUUUCGCGUUGUUUCCACAUGUUUUAAAUACACAAUCGGGACUUAACACGGUGUAAAAGCCUUUACAAUAGUACCUACAUAUCUGCUUCUUAAUUUCCGACGUUUCGACGUGGAUUUAAAGCAGUGUGGAUACCAUGAGUGGGAUUUAUAUAAUGAUGGGGCUUUAGUUAAUGAUGGUGACAAUAUGAGGCUAUUCGAGGAGACUGUGGGCUGCCAGACCAGAGGGAGACUUUGUACAAAAGUCGUUUGCUUAGACACCUCUGUUCCUUUCAUGUUUCUACUGUGAAGCAGUUGUGUUUGCAUGGCUGUGUUUCGGUUUGAAGGGUGGGAUAUGGCAGUGAAUUUACAUGGUACAGAGGAAUAACACCUGAAUCCUCAGCAAUGGCAACGCAUGGGGGGUAUCAUGGGCGAAACAGUAUACUCUGUUAUGUCCAUGCUAUUGCUCAUGUCUAUAGGCGACGGUUACCACUUUCCAUCAGGUGGGCCGUCAGCUUGUUUGCCAUACUAAGUUGCAUAAAAAAAGACGAACACGCCGCUCACUUCAGUCCUGUUAUUACCGAAACGUCAAUAAAGAAGCAGGUAUGUAGGUACCAUUUACGUGUAAAAGCUUUUAAAUCGCGUUAAAUUCCGAUUUUUUAUUUAAAAUCGAAACAUUGUUUUACUGUUAAUAUGUUGUGAAAGUGAAAUUAUCAGAUAUUUGAAGAAAAUACAAUUAAUGUGUGUUUAUUAAUUGCUUAAGUUUAAGGGGAAUCGAAAUGGUAGAAAUAAUUUUUAAGUGAGUACAUAAUGCGUUUAUUCUCUGCUAAUGACAUUAAUAAAUUGUUAUUUUUUAUUUGUAUCGCUCGUUGACCUUGAAUGCCUUCAAUUAACUGUAACAUUACCUUUAUUAAUUUAAUGUUACAUUUAUAAUAAUCACGCGUUACCCAUACUUCAAACUGCUAGAGUAUAAAGGCCUAAUGUUUUAAUACCGAAACAGCGAAUAUAAGACUUUAACUCCACUUAUAAAGAUCUAUUUUUGAAUCUCGCCUCUAUUUCUGUAAGGGUCAGUUUGCUGCACCCAUUCUAAAUGUUCUCUGCUAUAAUCUAACAUAUUAUUUGCUUCAAUUACAUUCGUAACAUUUUUUACUAGUUUCGUGUUUGUAAAUCUUGUGUAAUAUCUCUCUAUAUUACAAUGUAUAGCCCUCUAUCUAGUCUCUGGAUCGUAUCUUCAUAGACAAUGUCUUUAUUGCACCAAAGACAAUAAUAUACUAUGACAAUUGAACAAAUAUGGUAUACUACCUAAAUUGGUACCUAUUUAUUCAAUUAUAAAUUUUGCCUACAAACAUAUUUUUUCUCAAACAUGCUGGGAAAUGUGAGCAUUAUUUUGACAAUCUUCUUCGAGAUAAAUCAAAAUUGCCGUACUGGCCAGAUACAUGCGGGCAGCGGCCGACAAAAGUUGUAUGAAAAUUCAUAUCUGUCGUUUUGCGGCCAGAUAAAUUACUGUGUAAACUCAUAUCUGUCCUGUAAUUUAAAAAUGGAAUGACCUUUUACUUCAAAACAUGGCUACCAAGGAGGUAACUAAUAAAAGGUUUUUUUUUAAAUUUCGAACUGGCAUGCAAAUAGAAAGUUG